AGCAGUGAUUUAUCCUGCACAAAAAACAUCACCUAAUUGAUAACUCACAAGUGCUCAUUGUGCCUGUCAUACCUGAAGCUGUAGAGUAACUUGUUCAUUGUAUACAACUUGCAGAAUGAUUGAUUGUUCACCGAUCAGCCAUAACAUUAAAACCACUGACAGGUGAAGUGAAUAACAUUGAUUAUCUCAUUACAUUGGCAUCUGUCAAUGGGUGGGAUAUAUUAGGCAGCAAUUGAAGAGUCAGUUCUUGAAGUUUAUGUGUUGGAAGCAGGAAAAAUGGGCAAGCGUAAGGAUUUGAGCGACUUUGACAAGGGCCAAAUUGUGAUGGGUAGAUGACUGGGUCAGAGUAUCUCCAAAAAGGCAGCUCUUGUGGAGUGUUCCUGGUAUGGAGUGUUAAGUACCUACCAAAAGUGGUCCAAGGAAGGACAACUAGUGAACUGGCAACAGGGUCAUGGGCGCCCAAGGCUCAUCGAUUCAUGUGGGGAGUGAAGGCUAGCCCAUCUGGUACAAUCCCACAGAAGAGCUAAUGUAGCACUAAUUGCUGAAAAAGUUAAUGAUGCCUAUGAUAGAAAGAUGUAAGAAGACACAGUGCAUCACAGCUUGCUGCUUAUGGGGCCACGUAGCUGCAGACCGGUCAGAGUGCCCGUGCUGACCCCUGUCCCCCGCCAAAAGCAGCUCAAUGGGCACGUGAGCAUUAGAACUGGACCAUGGAGCAAUGGAAGAAGGUGUCCUGUUCUGAUGAACAACGUUUUCUUUUACAUCAUGUGGACAGCUGGGUGCGUGUGUGUCACUCACCUGGGGAAGAGAUGGAUGCACUAUAGGAAGAAGGCAAGUAGGCAGAGGCAGUGUGAUGCUCUGGGCAAUGUUCUGCUGGGAAACCUUGGGUCCUGGCAUUCAUGUGGAUGUUACUUUGACACAUACCACCUACCUAAACAUUGUUUCAGUCCAGGUACACCCCUUCAUGCCAACGUUAUUCCCUAAUGGCAGUGGCCUCUUUCAACAGGAUAAUGCCCCCUGCCACACUGCAAAACUUGUUCAGGAAUAGUUUGAGGAACAUGACAAAGAGUUCAAGGUGUUGACUUGUCUCAGAUCUCAGUCCGAUCAAGCAUCUGUGGGAUGUGCUGGACAAACAAGUCCGAGCCAUGAAGGCCAACCUCGCAACUUACAGGACUUAAAGGAUCUGCUGCUUGGUGCCAGAUACCACAGCGUACCUUCAGAGGUCUUGUGGAGUCCAUGCCUCGAUGGGACAGAGCAGUUUUGGUGGCAUAAAGGGGACCUGCACAAUUUUAUGGCUGAUCAGUGUAUAUAGAAAUUAUGUUAUGACAGAGGGGUGGCACAGACACAGUGAGUAGAAAUGCAACUUUGCAGCUCCAGGGUCCUCAGUUUGAUCCUGGGCUCAAGGUACAGUCUGUUAGGAGUUCUGUGUGUGUGUGUUCUCCCUGUGUCCAUAUGGAUUUCCUAUGGGUUCUCCAGUUUCUCCCAUCUUUCAAAAACGUGAUAGAAGGUGGCUUGGCCAUUCAAAUAUAUGUAUAUAUCCUGACCAGGAUAAAGUGGUUACUAAAGAUAAAUGAAUGAAUGAAUGAAUAUGAGACAGUGGCCAGAUUUGACUUAAGCUUGCCUAGUGAGGAGUUACAUGCUGUUCGUACAGUUGCAUAUGAGUUGCUGAUGGGGUGGAGAUUGACAAAAAUGUACAUGAUAUGGCGAUUGGUUUGUCUACACCUGACCAUAUAUGUGGUUCUUCCCCAAACUGUUGCCACAAAGGUGGAGGCACACAAUUGUAUAGGAUGUCUUUGUAUGCUGUAGAAUUACAAUUUCCCUUCACUGGAACUAAGAGGCCCAAACCUGUUCAAGUAUGACAAUGCCCCUGUGCACAAAGUGAAGACAUGGUUUGUCAAGGUGGUGUGGAAGAAGAGUGGUCUGCACAGAGCCCUGACCUCAACCCCACUGAACACCACUGGGAUGAACUGGAAAGCCGACUUUCAGUGCCUGACCUCACUUAUCUAUCUAGUGGAAAGCCUUCCUAGAAGAGUGGAAGUUAUUAUAACAGUAAGGGGGGACUAAAUCUGGAAUGGGAUGUUCAGAAAGCAUAUAGGAGUGAUGGUCAAGGGGUCCACAAACUUGUGGCCAUAUAGUGUAUUUCUUAAUCAGAGGUAUUGCUUAUCACAAGGAUGGAAUUUUAUAUGGACAAAGUUAUGAACUAUACAUAAUGAAGCUUAUUCUUGAAACUGUUUUAUGAAUUUAUUAUUUUUUUAGAAGAUAAUCGUGAGUUAAUUCUUAAUCAUGAUUGGUCAUUAAAAUUGCAAAUAGAUAUUUUCAGCCCCAUGACUUGGACAAAGCAGCAAACAGUGUUUGGAAUCUUUAAUAGUUGUCUUGGCACAGUCAUAUGAAGUGAUACGGUUACGGUACAUGUACUAAACAAGUAACAGUGAGUCAUUAUCACACAAAAAAAGUCUGGAAAGUAACUGCUUUAUAGAAGUCUAUGCAGUGUAACAUUAUUAUUAGUGGGAUUUGCCAUGUCAUUUGGGAGGAUGGAAAAAUUUCAAGUGUAUGUUUAGAGCAGUGGUCCUGUACAUAUUUCAACAGUGAGUAUUUUAAUGCUGCUUUCUUGAUCCAGCAAGGUUGUAGAAAUGGCAAACACAGACACCAAACAGCUUUGACUUUCCUUUGUCGUGUUUAGAUUUGUUUUGGUCCUGGUGUCUAUGAUCCUUUUACCUUUUGCCAUCCAGGAGUAAAAGAUUGGAGAUUUCUGAGGCCUCGACUCAGCAGGAUGUUCCACAGUGUGUGAGCUACACAGUCAAAAGUGGAAGUGAGACUAAUCACGAGUCUAAUAAUAGAGAUGAAAUUGUGUUGAAAUUACUGAAAUAUUUUAGAAUAAUGUUACUUUAAAAGAUGCAGUGUUCGCUGUGACUUAUGCAUAUGAAUGAAAGUGAGGUCUUGCAGUUUUCUCGUGUAGUGAGGUAUCCUGAGAGUUUUAUGUAUUAUGUAAGGAAAAAAACGUGACACCGUUAUUACUAUGGAAAGAUUGUUCCAUGGUAUAUUGUGCCUUAAAUGAUUAGGCUAAAUAAUAAAUUUGUGUCAUCACCCUGUCUGACAUUCACCUGAAAUGCAAGAGCAUGUCACAUUUACCAAUUUAAUUGAACAGAUAAAAAAAAAGCAAUCCUGGUUUUAUUUUGUAUAUUUCCUAAUCCCACCUAAAUUAAUUUCUGGUUACGCCAUUACCAGCACAACACUCAAUGUGCUUCUGAAAAGUUUUAGCCGCGAGUGUGUCUUACAUCAAGCACAGCACACAGGGAUUUUAUCCUACAUUUCAGACCACUAUCAAACCAGCUGCUGUACAACCCAGAAUGCACAUUUAUACAGUGGUUUACGGUAACUAUCUUCAGGUGGUCAUGCUACGGAUUUGUUGUGAAGUCUGGACAGUGUCAAAAAGUUAUUUUGGAAAAAAAUAGUUUUUUCCAUGUUCACACAGGCCAGAUGAAACGAGGCUGAGGGCCUUGUGUUUGACACGUAUGCCAUAAUGCUUCCUUCUGAUUAGCUUAACCUUUUGGACUAUUAAGUAAGCAUGCAUCGAGACAGUUAGAUUUCCACUUGUAAACUUUGUGCUCUGUAUGUUCCUACCUCUGGUGCUGCCGCCUAGUGUGUAAGAAGAGAUAGAGCUCAUAAUGAAACUGAAAUAUUCGAGAAAACAAAAUUCUGUCUCAUGGGGUGGUGUAAUGCUGUUAACACCACAAAGUGGGUUAUUUUCCUAUAACAGGAUGUCCCAUAGUUUUUUAUUUGUCUUAUACCACAGCAAUUUGCCAAUGAUUGCAAUUUUUAAUUUAUUAAUGAAUGACAUGUUGUGCUUUUUAAUCAUUUAUAAUUACUAUUGUGCAAUGUCUAUUAUAAACAGUUGUUCCCUCAGCAGCCUCUCUUUUUUCUUUUUUUCUCUCUUAAAGUUAAAAAGACAAAAAAUGCAGUUUGUCAUGUUACAGAGAAACCAUAAAAAGUCCUCUGUCCUGAAGACUCUCCCGUGUCUGAAAGGUUACUGACAGUUACAAUGCCCUGACACUGGAGACUCCUUCAAUAAAUGUUCUAAAAAAAACCCAGAAAACUUUACCAUAUUAAUGAUUAUGAAGUUAAAUAACAUGCUUAUUAAAUCUGUUUAUUGUUAGGCUUAGAUUAUACAGCUCAUCCUCCAUACAAGUCCCUGGGAAAGUAUUGCUACUAUAGAAUCAACACCUUCUGACAAACCACAUUUGAGAAUUCAACAGCACUGUGGUAUAAAAUAAAAUAAUCCAAAUACUAAGACUAGUUGGGUUUGAUGCAGAACAGUACUGGGCUAGGAGGAGACUACACUCCGUCUCUUGCAAAAGGGUCCAAGGCCUGAAUGAAUGCGGCUUCAGCGACCGCUUGUGAUCAGAUUUCGUACGUUGUUUUCUCUAGAGAAAGGCUGUCACUCACGUCAGUCUUCUGCUGCAUUUAUUUUCAAGUAGAAAUGUCCCGUGAAUCCCAGGGACCUUUACAGAAGUUUCAGAAGUUUUAUUCGUGUGGUCUGCUAACGCACCUUAUAAAUGAAUGUGAGAUGAAAUGACGAAUGAAGCUAUGAAAAGCAGCUGCAUUUGUCCCUGCUGUUAAAAUGUCACCUUUAUCUGUUAGCCUAGCUGUAGACAGCUCUACCAUCCAGUGCAAUUUCCAAACAGUUUCGUAAUGAUUACAUAUUUUCCGGCUAGGGCAGUGACGCAGUCGAUCAGGUGGUCCUUCAUUGCUGUCCAGAACACAUCGAGAUGCAUUCAUGUUUACACUACAAAUCUGAUGUGUCCAUAUGCAUCCCAGACCACCCCCGAAUGUGGUUUGUGUGAUCGGAUCACAAUGCGUCUUCGAGACACAUUCGUCUCCGUUCACACCUGUACUUAGCGCUGUCCACUUGUGAUCCAAUCACCCAGGAUGCUUGUUAACACCAGGAGUGAAUGGGCUCAAAAAGAGAGUGAAGCUGUGCUUUCUUAGCAGUAUAUUGAGAAUUGGAUGUCUGCAAUUCAUCUCACACCCGAGUGUGUUUUCCGUGUGGGUUGACGGCGUUCUGUGUCAGGUAGAUCAAAAGGUGGGAGUUUUCUUGAGUGAAUGCGGUUUUGACAGCAUUCGUGUCCUUGAAUGCCUCUUGGUUACAUUAGCCUUCAGACAACGGCCUCUUUGUGAAAGAAAGCUGUAUUGCUAUACAUGAUGCUUUGCUUUCUGAGGUAAAAAUUAGGCAAAAGCACUUUUCAGGGACAACACGGGACACUGAAUGGCAUUGUUUAGCUAUGUCUUCCAACCCAAAGCAAACCAGAGCAUCUUCUUUUUGUGCCUGAGGCAGAGUGAGAGAGAGAGAGAACUUUGUGUAUCUGCUUCCCACAUCAAAGUGCCCUCUCCCACUGCUAUUUUUAGGCUGUGGUGAAGGCUGUUCUUCCUCAGUGAAAGGUAGCGGAGUUAGAGCAGCUAGGAGGCGAAGAGCAGCAGCAUGCAAAGAAACUGUGAAUAGGCUUGUUUGUGGCCAAGCCCAGCCCCCUAGCUGGAGAUAGUCACCGAAGGGUUUUUCACAUGCAUCUCUGUAAAGCCACACCGCUUUGCCUCUUACCACUGAGACCUCACAUGCCUCAUUUACACCAAGGAGACUAAGCGGACCGAGAGAGCUAAGGAGAAUGGUGUGAGCGCUGCAGGCCCUGAGCCCAGCUACUUUGAGAUCCCAAGUAAAGACGGCCAGAUGGCAGAGGACAGCAUCCACGAGGUCCCAACCAAGGACACGGAGAGCAGCGCAAAAGCCGCCCAAGCUAACACCUCCUUCACCAUUGAGUUUGAUAACACCUCUCCAGGGAAAGUGACCAUUAAGGAUCACGUGUCACGUCCAAGAUCGAAAAAAUCUCAGCCAGGGAGUAAAGAGCUCAGCAGCCUCCAGGCAGCCAUCAUGGCCUCGGAGAGCAAAGUGGCCGACUGGCUCGCACACAACAAUCCUCCCAUGGUGAGGCGCGAGUCCACAGAGGAAGACAGCAAAAGCAUUAAGAGUGAUGUCCCUGUCCACCUCAAGAGGCUGAAAGGCAGCAAGCACGAGGAUGGCACCCAAAGCGACUCAGAGAACGGUCUUGGCCUGCGUUUUGGUAGCCGACGCCACGCUGCUCUGGAGGAGCGCUUGAAGGCAGCUGGCCUCACACGUGCCAAAGUCACUGGGGCAGAGGGCUCGGGCUCCACCAGCCGCACCGCCUUCACCAUUGAGUUCUUCGACGAGGAGAACCCUCGCAAACGCCGUUCCUACUCCUUCUCCCAGACUGCACCACUUUUGGGAGGUAUGGCAGGAGAGGGACUGUGUCCGGCACCACCCUCCCAUCCUAAGGGCACUUCAUCAGCGCUGGCAACGGUGGCACCUACAGCAGCACGGCUGCUGCAGAAGAAAAGAUCAGAGGACAAGACGACGAUCCCCGGAGAUGAGACACAGAAGCAGGAUGAUGAGCAGAGCGACAAAGGCACCUACACCAUCGAGCUGGAGAACCACAACCCUGAGGAGGAGGAGGCCCGCCGCAUGAUUGAUAAGGUGUUUGGGGUGGAGAACCCUCAGGGUCCCGGUUGCCCAGUGAAACAGAAAACUAAGGACAGUAAGAAGGCCAGCAGCACUAAAGCUGAGGGCCUUUUGGAGGAAUCGGUUGCAGUUGGCAGUGCACACUGGGUUUCCCAAUGGGCCACUUUAGCUGCUAAUCACACAAGAACUGAUCCUGAAGGUUCCGGGGCAGAACCCACACACUUCGUCCAUCAAGAGCGAGAAGCUGAUGCAUUUGAGUCAGGUGUGUCUUUGAGGAGCACCAGCUCUGCUACCUCCAGCCAGGCUGAACGGAAGAGGAGGACACUGCCUCAGCUCCCCACUGAGGAGAAAAGCAGGCCGGGGAAGUCCUCCACCACCAUAGGACUACGCUCUGAGAUCGGUGAGAAGCAAGACACAGAACUCCAAGAAAAACAGCACAAAGGAGAUGGUGAAUGUGUUUCCACUCCCACCAAGAAAGACAUUACGAGUGGAAAGACAAAUGAAGUGCAGACAGCCUCUUCCAAGCCACCUGCGCCUCCUGUGGGAGUUGUAGAGAAGCAGAGUGAGGAGUCUCGCAGGAGGCGUGCUGAGGACAGGAGCAAAGUGAGUGAUGGCGAGCGGAGCGGGAAGCCCCUGGUGCGUCAAGGCAGCUUUACCAUCGACAAGCCAAGUGCCAAUGUGCCACUUGAGCUUAUCCCACGCAUCAACCAACGGCAGUCUGGCGGCCGAGAGCGCAGUGACUCAGCUGGCAGCAUGGACACGGCCACACUGCUCAAAGACACAGAGGCUGUUAUGGCCUUUCUAGAGGCCAAGCUGCGGGAUGAGAAAAAGCUGGACCCGUCGCCACCCCCUGGCUACCCUUCAGGACGCUCUUUUUCCCCAGAGUUGGAUGCUGAUGCAGCUAAAGCAGCAGGCCGCACUGAAAUGCCACAGAAGCGCCGUUCUCUCAGCAGUCUGCACAGAGAGAAAAGCAACAUGAGCUCAGCUGGAAAGAGCACAACCAAUGCACGGGAUCGACUGGAGAGGAAAGCCAAACCCAAGACCUCAGAUGGGCGUCUGGAUACCCGUCGCUCUGCCCAUACAAGUCAGCGUGCCCGCCAGCCCUCCAUGGACCUGACAGAUGACGAGCAGACAUCCUCGUUGCCCAUUUCUGACGUACUCUCUGAUGACCAGGAGAAUGGGCGUAACCCAUUCACCUUCACUGAUGACUUGCUGCACUCCAAACUGGACUCCUCUAAAGUUGCUAGAGCCGCUAAAUCCAGCAGGACGCCCCAAGCCAGCACUGCUACUAUGGGCAAGCCUCAGUUGCCUCAGCCUCGGCCCACAAGGGCAUCUCUUCUGAGACGUGCUCGACUUGGAGACACAUCUGACACAGACCUGGCAGAUGCGGACCGGGUAUCAGUUGCAUCCGAAGUGUCCACAACCAGCUCCACAUCCAGGCCACCAUCAGGCAGGAAGGCACCAUCUCGCAUCGACAUGCUGGCACAGCCCAGACGCACCAGGCUUGGGUCCAUGUCAGCGCGCAGUGACUCAGAAGCCACAGUGUCCCGCAGCACUACAUCGAGGAUAUCAGCUGAGACAGCUCUGAGACUGGGCUUGCGCCCGACCAACCCAGCCGACAGCAAGCUGAACCCACGCCUUCGGGCAAACAGUGUCUCCAAGCUGACAGACACCAAAACCAAGACCACGCCAUCCAUCUCCAGUGCUCCAGCAGAGCACAUUCACACAGAGAUGUCUCAACCAGAGCCAGAGGAUGACCUAGCAGACGAGGAGCCCAUGGCCAGCAGCAGGUGGCGGCGACUUAAUACAGAAUACGGCUCAACCUCUGAGGACGAGUUUGGCUCGAACAGGAACUCCCCCAAAGCCGGGCGUCUGAGACCAGGCACUGCUCUGCGUACCAGUAGACUGAGCAGCUCGGGCACAGUGACAGCAAGCCCGGGCAGCAUCACCAUCAAACACAGGAUGAGGGAGCAGGAGGAGUACAUCAGAGACUGGACAGCUCACAGCGAAGAGAUUGCCAGGUUAUUCCCCUGUGUGCGCAGGAUCAGUCAGGACUUGGCCAAGGAUCUGGCCAUUCUGGCGCGAGAGAUCCAUGACGUGGCCGGCGAGAUCGACUCGGUCAGCUCCUCCGGCACAGCACCAAGCACCACGGUGAGCACGGCGGCCACCACGCCCGGCUCUGCCAUCGACACCAGGGAGGAGUUGGUAGAGCGAGUUUUUGAUGAAAGUUUGAACUUUCGGAAGAUCCCCCCUGUGGUGCAGACCAAGACUCCAGAGAUGAACGGACGACCAGUGGAGCUGCGGCCUCGAGCCCCGGACAGUCUGGACCCCCAGCAUGCCCUGCGCAGACGCACAUGGAACCGAGAUGAGGUCAGACCGGCGGUGCUAGACAGCUUGCUGCUGACAUCAGUCGCUCAGUUGUCCUCCAAAGUCCGCCAGUCUGUGGACAAAACAGCAGGCAAAAUCAAGAUUUUGUUCAAGGACAAGGACAGGAACUGGGACGACAUUGAGAGCAAACUGAGCUCCGAGACUGAUAUACCACUUCUCAAAACCACUAACAAGGAAAUCUCGACCAUUCUAACAGAGCUGAAGAGGGUGGAAAAGCAGAUCCAAGCCAUAAAUAUCAUGGUAGACCCUGAUGGAACCCUCGACGCUCUUACCAGUCUAGCCCUGGCGAGUCCCACCACACCCAAACCCAAGCCCAGCAGUGGAGCCUCCAAACCCUCCUCCACCAUCUCCCCUAACCGAGAGCUCCCCAGCCCUGGAAUGAGCCGUCCUCAAGCCAGUGGAGAGGCGAGCGCCAUUAGUAACAAGUGAAGGACAAGAACCCUCAGAAUUGAGCGAACUGGACCUCUAAUACCUAAUUUUCUCUGAACUGAUAGACCUUUACCUGUACAUACUGUCUGUACCCCUCCCUUCCUGCGCUCCACUGGAAUGUCCAUCUUUCUCCAAGUGAAGUUAUUGAAAGUCACACCUGUGGAUUUGGACAGUGAUAUACACAUAUACAGUGCAGCUACACAAGCACACACAGCUGCUGGUGAAGAAGAGGUGAAGGGCCAUUGAUCUGAGGCUUGUUAUGCUGGACUUCUUCCUCAAGUCUGUGUGUCUGAUGUUAGAACCAACUGCUUGUAUGUGCUGCAAGUGUGUAUGCGCUCAUCCAGGCAUGAAGCAAGUGGACUUCAUAAUUCAACUUCAGCAAAAACGACUCCGAGUGCCUGUCUUCUCUCCUCUGUAAGCAUUCUCUUCUGCGAAUAGCAACUUCUUAUAAAGUGACUUUUGUGUCAGAAAUGAGAUGGUGUUGGUUUAAAAGACUUGACAGAGAUUUAACCUUGAAGGGAAACUUUAUGAGAAGUGUUAAAGAUUACGAAGCUAAACAUGAACCAGCUUACCAAAGUAAGUCAAAUGCUAUGCGUGCACUCAACAACUGUAAAUUUCAUCCAGUUUAUUCAACUGAUUUUUUUUGGAAAUCUGAUUUCUUGAUUACACAAAGUGCAUUUACGCUAUUAAAAUUAGUAUAAGUCAGCUCAGUGAUUUUGGCUCCAGUAAACAGAACAUUUACUGAAUUACUCAAUCUUCAUGCACUGAUUGUUUUUGUAACCUUUUAGACUGAUGGAUAGGUAGCAAACUUAGUACAAGGUUCCAAUAUCAAUUUAAAAAUCAGCAAAUGUCUGACAUUUAGCCAUCGUUUCAUUUUCCCAACGUUGGAAGGAAGUGUUCGGGAAAAUAUGCAGUAUUAGACAAUGUAUUAGUGAAAUGUAACAUGGUUAUGUGUUGAACAUCUCUCAUUUGCUAAGAUCUGUGUGCUUUGUGUUACUGUGACCUGAGCCUUCGAACAAACAGCCUUUAAUGCAAGGCUCAUUCACAUUCUGAAUACGUUACGGUCAGUCGAACACGUUACGUUUUAAAUCUCAAUACACUAACGUUCUCUAAUCAGAGUAUGCAAUUACAGGGAAUUAGAUACGCAAUAGUGAGUGUUGGACAGUUUGUCAGCAUUUUCAGAAAUCUCCAAAAGCUCAUUAGUCAUGUUUUUCAUGAAGGUAUUCCAGCAUAUGGUGUAUGUACUGUAUUGUCUUACUCUCCUGUCACCGCUUGCUGCUUGGCUGUAUUUAUGUUCAUGGGGAAGGGUGGGGAAUGAGCUUAACCAGCCUUUCAUUGUGAAUCUGCGUGUCGUAGAGAGAGUAGUGCGACUGUCAUUAGGAACUGAAACAAUAGUGAAGAUAGGUACAGGACUUUUUUUUGUUGAUUAAUGUAUCAGCAAAGUGGCCACUGUGGAAAAUCUAGUUCUUGGGCAGUUUAGGAAUGAAAAUCAUAAUGUAGCGUGCACAAUUGUCAUUUUAAGGUUCCUGGACUCCUGUAAGUUAAUGUUAUGUGUUUUAAAGGCCAUACAGGGAAUAAAAGGACAUGACACCAAAAUCAUAUCUGUACAUCAUACUGCUCUCAUUACAGAAUUUAUUUUCAGUGGGACGAUCCUCCCGCCCCCUAAACACGCCUAUCAUUUUUUUUAAACAGUAGUAUCAUUUAUAAUACUAUUGUAAAUGUUUUACACGACGGGGAACAGAAAACAUGCUUGGUACAGUUUUUUUUGUUUGUUUGUUUCUUUUUUUGUUUGUUUCAGUUUACAUUCGCAUCUGUAAAAUACAAUUUUUGUUCUUUUUCAUUGUUUUUGAUAAAUGUGUUUAUUUAUUUUGGUUUAUUUUUGUUCAAUGCCUUGAAUUUUUUUGCAGCACAUUUUUGUUGGUAUUUCAAUUUUGUUUUUUUAUAGAAUCAUUUCCAUGCUCUCAAUAAAGGAGAAAGUAUUCCUGGACCCUAAUUAAACAUAAUUGUCUGCAUAUAUCCUGCAUUUCAAUAAAGUCCUUGAUCUAAA